AUGACAAUAGUUAGGCUGCCCAAGCUGGAAACUAAGUUACCUUUCCAACCUGUUUCUCCUGCUGAGGAUGUCAGGGAGGCAAAAGAUGAAGCUGCGUGUGGUGGAGGCUGUAGUGGUGGACAUGUGGUCUUGGAGGUGGAAUCAAUAGAGACAUGGCAAACAAUUAGAAUUUAUAUGGAAACACUAGAUUCAAUCAAGGUGUCCCUGAAGAGGCAGAUACCGGGAAACAUUCCAAAAGGCAUGGUCUGGUAUUUUCUAUGGUAGUUGUCAUGGUUGUUUUUGUAAUGGAGAAGGAGGGGGUGGGGAAGUAGGGUAUUUGAAUGCUACAGUGGACCUGG